UCAAGGCUAAGGCUGGAAUGAUGUGGGCUCCCCGGGUAGGGCUAGGGGCGCCUCUCCUGUGGGCGGGCUGCGGACACGCGGCCCUCUGAGCCCGUGGGGCGCCGCCCACCAUGUUCGCCAGCCCUGCGGGCACCAGCACCCCGUUCUCCGUCAAGGACAUCCUCAACCUGGAGUUGGAGCAGCGACAGGAGCAGCAGCAGGAGGAGGAGGAGGAGCGGAGGCGCCGAAGCCUGGCGGCCAUGGAGCUGCCCGCGCGCCUAGAGGCCAGCCUGCCCCCUGCGUCCUGCAUGCUGGCCGCCUUCAAGCAGGAGACGUACGGCGGCCCCGAGACCGCCGGCCUCCAGGAGCUGGCUCUGACCGACGGGCUGGGCCCGGCCAAGCACUGCCCGGCCUUCCCGGCUACCUUCUACGGGAAGAGCUACCCGCACAUGGAGCCGGCCAAAGAGCCCAAAGCUGACAAGAAAGAUCUUUGUUCCCUGCAGAAGAACCUGGAGUUGGAGAAAAAGGACUUAGAAGACCCCGAUCGCCCAAGGCAGAGAAAGAGGAGGAAACCCCGGGUUUUGUUCUCUCAGGCCCAGGUCUAUGAACUGGAGAGAAGGUUCAAACAGCAGAAAUACCUGUCGGCUCCGGAAAGAGACCACUUGGCCAGCGUGCUGAAGCUCACCUCCACGCAGGUCAAAAUCUGGUUCCAGAACAGAAGGUACAAAUGUAAAAGACAGAGACAGGACCAGACUCUGGAGAUGGUGGGCCUUCCCCCGCCCAGGAGGAUAGCCGUGCCAGUACUGGUGAGAGACGGGAAGCCCUGCCUGGGGGACUCUUCUCCCUACAGCUCCCCCUACAACGUCAGCAUCAACCCGUACAGCUACAAUGCCUACCCGGCCUAUGCCAACUACAGCGGCCCAGCUUGCAACCCGAACUACAACUGCGGUUAUCCCUCAGUGCAGGCCGUGCAGCCCUCGCCGGCGGCCAACAACUUCGUGAACUUCAGUGUCGGGGACUUGAAUGCAGUGCAGACGCCCAUUCCGCAGAGCAACGCGGGGGUCUCCACUUUGCAUGGGAUCCGGGCCUGGUAGGAAGAGCGGCCUCCGGCUUUCUAGGAGUGGAGAAAGGGAGGGAAGGGGGUCCCAGUGCGGGUUUCCAGGCUCUCGUGACCCCCCAACGCCCCUCUGCUUCCCACCCCUCCCACAUUACCCAUCUGACUGGAAAGGUAGGGAGGCGGUGGGAGGCUGGAAAGAGUGGGAUGGGGAGCCUGUCGGUCUAACCCCAGGAGCCGAAGCUAAACUGGACUUCUGGAGAAAAGAGGACCAGGAUGGGCGGGAAAGAAAAGGGCCUCAGGAGAAUCCUACUGCCCCUCUAACAUUGUUAACCUGGGACUUUCUGGACAAAGCCUCGGCCCCAGGCUAAUGGCUGUGUGAAUGAGGUCGUGCUUCCAGUAAGUUAGGAAGUGUUCCGGCACUGGACGGAAGCAUUUCUACCUGGGCAUCCAGCGAUGGACAGAGAGUAAAAAGAAAAACAAACAAAAAACCCUCCUCUGCCUGUCGGCGGAGCGCACAACAGCCAGAACCAAGCACCAGAGAGGGGCACGUCAAUCUCCUUCCCCGAAUUCCAGUUAAAACCCCUGCAGUCCCUUCAAACCCCUGUCUCCUAGCUCCGGGAGGCUCUCAGGGGCCAGAGCAUUUGACCAUCAACACUAUUAUUCAGAAAGAUCAUAUUUCACGGCCAGACUUACAGGCAUCGAGGCUGGGGUCUAUGGGUCCCCUGCCCUCCAACCAAAAUCAGUGAAUUCGAAGGGAGUCAGACCUCCUCCCAUCUAAAAUCAGCGGGUUCUUAGAGAGUCAGGUGCCUGGGGGGUGGGGAGGGGAAAGGAACGGUAUUAGCAUUCUAAGCCCAGAGUUACCUAAUUGGAUACCAGGUGGCAUAAUACCCGGAAACUGUUCCCCUCCUCCUCCCCCAAAAAUUGGCCCUCACUAGCUCACCAUUACCUCCUUUCCUCAUUCUCCUCCCUCAAUCAGAGCGGCUGCCUCGGAUCUUAGUGUCUGAAUUGCCGGAGAAAAGAGCUCACCCUCUCUGGUUCUGCUGCGGGCCCUAUUUAAAUGUUUUCUUAUUAUUUGUAAGAAGCGAGACCCCAACCACCCCGCCCGACCUGUCAUUAAAGAGCGUGAACUAA